AUGGGGACACCUACCAGGAGGAAAUCACACUUGCUAAUGCUGGUGGCUGUGGCCCUUGUCUCCACUCCAGCUUGGAGCUCAGCCUGGGGAUCCCCAGCCACCUUUGGGCCUGUCUUUGAAGACCAACCCCUCGGUCUGCUAUUCCCAGAGGAGUCCACAGAGGAGAAGGUGACACUGGCAUGCCGUGCCCGGGCCAGCCCUCCGGCCACCUACAGGUGGAAGAUGAAUGGCACCGAGAUGAAGCUGGAGCCAGGCUCCCGCCACCAGCUGGUCGGGGGCAACCUGGUCAUCAUGAACCCCACCAAAGCCCAGGACGCCGGCGUCUACCAGUGCCUGGCCUCCAACCCAGUGGGCACCGUCGUCAGCAGGGAGGCUGUCCUCCGCUUUGGCUUCCUGCAGGAAUUCUCCAAGGAGGAGCGAGACCCAGUGAAAACCCACGAAGGUUGGGGUGUGAUGUUGCCCUGUAACCCACCCGCCCACUACCCAGGCUUGUCCUACCGCUGGCUCCUCAAUGAGUUCCCCAACUUCAUCCCUACGGACGGGCGCCACUUCGUGUCCCAGACCACAGGGAACCUGUACAUUGCCCGGACCAAUGCCUCAGACUUGGGCAACUACUCCUGCCUGGCCACAAGCCACAUGGAUUUCUCCACCAAGAGCGUCUUCAGCAAGUUUGCUCAGCUCAACCUGGCUGCGGAAGACACCAGGCUCUUUGCCCCCAGCAUCAAGGCCCGGUUCCCAGCAGAGACCUAUGCGCUGGUGGGGCAGCAGGUCACCCUGGAGUGCUUCGCCUUUGGGAAUCCCGUCCCCAGGAUCAAGUGGCGCAAAGUGGAUGGCUCCUUGUCCCCACAGUGGGCCACGGCCGAGCCCACCCUGCAGAUCCCCAGCGUAGGCUUCGAGGACGAAGGCACCUACGAGUGCGAGGCGGAGAACUCCAAGGGCCGCGACACCGUCCAGGGCCGCAUCAUCGUGCAGGCUCAGCCCGAGUGGCUCAAGGUGAUCUCAGACAUGGAGGCUGACAUCGGUUCCAACCUGCACUGGGAAUGCGCAGCCGCCGGCAAGCCCCGGCCCACAGUGCGCUGGCUUCGGGAUGGGGAUCCUCUGGCCUCCCAGGCCCGGGUAGAAGUGCUGGCCGGAGACUUGCGAUUCUCCAAGCUGAGCCUGGAGGACUCAGGCAUGUACCAGUGUGUGGCGGAGAACAAGCACGGCACCAUCUACGCCAGUGCCGAGCUGGCCGUGCAAGCACUUGCCCCUGACUUUAGGCUGAAUCCUGUAAGGCGUCUGAUCCCCGCAGCCCGAGGUGGAGAGAUCGUUAUCCCCUGUCAGCCCAGGGCAGCUCCGAAGGCCGUGGUGCUCUGGAGCAAAGGCACUGAGAUUUUGGUCAACAGCAGCAGAGUGACUGUAACUCCGGAUGGCACCUUGAUCAUAAGAAACAUCAGUCGGUCAGAUGAAGGCAAAUAUACCUGCUUUGCUGAGAAUUUCAUGGGCAAAGCCAACAGCACGGGCAUCCUGUCUGUGCGAGAUGCAACCAAGAUCACUCUAGCCCCCUCGAGUGCCGACAUCAACUUGGGAGAUAACCUGACCCUGCAGUGCCACGCCUCCCACGACCCCACCAUGGACCUCACCUUCAUCUGGGCCCUGGACGACUUCCCCAUCGAUUUCGACAAGCCUGGGGGUCACUACCGAAGGGCCAGUGUGAAGGAGACGGUUGGGGAUCUGACCAUCCUGAACGCCCAGCUGCGCCACGGUGGGAAGUACACAUGCAUGGCCCAGACGGUGGUGGACAGUGCAUCUAAGGAGGCCACAGUCCUGGUCCGAGGUCCGCCAGGUCCCCCAGGAGGCGUGGUUGUAAGAGACAUCGGUGACACCACUGUCCAGCUCAGCUGGAGCCGUGGCUUUGACAACCACAGCCCCAUUGCCAAGUACACCCUGCAAGCUCGCACUCUACCUGCAGGGAAGUGGAAGCAGGUUCGGACCAAUCCCGCCAACAUCGAGGGCAACGCCGAGACCGCCCAGGUGCUGGGCCUCACGCCCUGGAUGGACUAUGAGUUCCGGGUCUUAGCCAGCAACAUCCUGGGCACUGGGGAGCCCAGUGGGCCCUCCAGCAAAAUCCGGACCAAGGAAGCAGCCCCCUCGGUGGCACCCUCAGGUCUCAGAGGAGGUGGUGGAGCCCCUGGAGAGCUCAUUGUCAACUGGACGCCCAUGUCCCGGGAGUACCAGAACGGAGACGGCUUCGGCUACCUGCUGUCCUUCCGCAGGCAGGGCAGCACUAGCUGGCAGACCGCGCGGGUGCCCGGCGCCGAUGCCCAGUACUUCGUCUACAGCAACGAGAGCGUCCGGCCUUACACGCCCUUUGAGGUCAAGAUCCGCAGCUACAACCACCGUGGGGAUGGGCCUGAGAGCCUCACCGCGAUUGUAUACUCGGCUGAGGAAGAGCCCAGGGUGGCCCCUACCAAGGUCUGGGCCAAAGGGGUCUCAUCCUCAGAGAUGAACGUGACCUGGGAACCGGUGCGGCAGGACAUGAAUGGUAUCCUCCUGGGGUACGAGAUCCGCUACUGGAAAGCCGGGGACAAAGAAGCAGCCGCUGACCGAGUGAGGACAGCAGGGCUAGACACCAGUGCCCUAGUCACCGGCCUACACUACAACACCAAGUACCACGUGACUGUGCGGGCCUACAACCGGGCUGGCACUGGGCCUGCCAGCCCUUCCGCCAAUGCCACGACUGUGAAGCCCCCUCCACGGCGACCCCCUGGCAACAUCUCCUGGACUUUCUCGAGCUCCAGUCUUAGUAUUAAGUGGGACCCUGUGGUCCCGCUCCGAAACGAGUCUGCAGUCACAGGCUAUAAGAUGCUGUACCAGAACGACUUACACCCGACUCCCACGCUCCACUUCACCAGCAAGAAUUGGAUAGAAAUUGCGGUUCCUGAUGACAUUGGCCAUGCCCUGGUGCAGAUUCGGACCACAGGGCCAGGGGGGGAUGGGGUCCCCGCAGAAGUCCACAUCGUGAGGAAUGGAGGCACAAGCAUGAUGGUGGAGAACUCGGCAGUCUGUCCAGUCCCACAUCCUGGCACCGUCCUUGGUCACUCCGUGGCGACGCUGAUCCUCAUAGGCUACCUGGAGCUCUGA